AUGAACAUAAUAUACAAUGUAAUAGCAUACAUUCUAUGCUAUAAAAUAUUAGUAGAAGGAAAAGACGCAAAUGGCGUUAACUUUUUAAAUAGAUUUAAUAGAUCGGAUUCUAUUAUAAAUGAUCAAAAGUUUGAACCUUUAGAUUUAACCAAGAAUCUUGCAGGAACAGGUGUUGCCAAAUUUGACAACGUCAAGAAAACAGAUGAAAAUGAUGAUCACUCCUUUCGUAGAUCUAAAUUUUCAUUUAUUCAGAAUGUAAUGAACACAAAUGUGGAAUCAUCUAAUAAAAAUGAAAAAGAGAAAUCUGGUGAUAGUAAAAAAAAUACUGAAAUAUUUUAUAGUGAAAAAUCUAAAACAACUAAUGAAGAAAUAAUAAAAAAUGGAGAGAAUUUUUAUAUAAAUGGAGGCGUAACAGAAUAUGGAUAUAAUAAUGACGAAGAAUUUUAUAAUUCUUUCCAUGUUAACAAUAAUAGGAAACCAAUUAAAAUUAACAGUUUAUGUUUCGAUUUAUCAGAUACAGAGAGUUGCCAACAAAAUUCUAAUUGUUUUUAUGAUGACAUAUACAAAACAUGCUUUCAAAAAUGUAGUUUAUUGAAUGAAUCAGAUUGUUUAAAAUAUAGCGAAUGCAAGUAUGAAAACGGAACAUGUGAAAAUCAUGGAUUUUUGUCAAUUAAGGUUUUUGAUAAUGAUUUCGGGUCAGAUGUACGAUCGUGUGAAUUAUUUGAAUCAGAGGAGUCAUGCUAUUUAAUGGAGACUCGGUAUAAAAAAAGUGAUAAUAAUAAUCGAACAAAUUUUAAUUGUGUUUGGCUAACAUACAAUCACGAAAUAAAAAAAAAUAAAAAAAAUGCAAAUGAUCAUCUAGAAAAAAUUGAUAUGAAUAGCACAGUAAGUCAAAAUGUAAAGAUGGAAAAACAAAAUGAUGGAAAUAUGAAUUACAUUUUAAGAACAAAUAAUCCAGCAGGCAUUGCUAAAGAUGAAAAAUUCAUUUCACUUUUAGAGAUAAAAUUAAAUAGUAAAAAGAAGAAAGGAAAUAGUGUAGAUAAGGGAAGUAAAAAUGGUGGAAGUAAAAAUGGUGGAAGUAAAAAUGGUGGAAGUAAAAAUGGUGGAAAUAAAAAUAGUGGAAAAAAAAAAGAUGAUGAUGAUGAUGAUGAAGAAGAAAUUCCAAAUGAUGAUGAAUCUAACAUUGACUUAGAUGAUAUAGAUGAUGAUGAUUUCAAGGAUGAUGAAGAAGACGAUGAUGACAUCGAAACUGAUAAAAUGAACGAACCUAAUAAGGAUAAAAAUGAUAUAAAUAAUAAUAUGGAAAACUCAACUUCAAGCGUUAUAAUAUCAGAUUCUCAAAAUAAUAUACAAAUGGACAAAAAAAAUACAGAAGGAAAUAUAAAUGAAGUUAGUAAAAAUCUUGAUAAUAACAAUAAAUUUGAACAAAAUCGCAAACAAAAUGAAUUAUUAAAUUAUAUCAAUAAUAAUAAUGAUAGUAAUAGUAAUAAUGAAAGUAAAUUGGAAGAAAGUAUAAAUAUUCAAAACAAUGUUGAAAAAGAGCAUGAUAUAAAUGGUUCAUUUCCUGAAUUGAUAGAAAAUGCCGUGAAAAUCAGUGCUGAGCCAAUUGAAAAUGAAGGUAAAAUAAAUAAUAUGAAUAUAGAUGGAGAUAACAAAUACGAUUUGGAUAGAGAUAAUCAUCUUUCAAUUGAGAAAGAAGUAGUACAGCAUGACUUCCAUAAUUCAUUAAAUAAAGAAAAUACUAGUAAUCCUCAAAACAACAAUGAAUAUGAAGAUAUUAUUACGAUAGAAACUCACAUUUGCACUAAUUUGAACAACAAACCUAAUCCAUCUGUUUUAUUAGAAGGUGCAUUGUUAGCUGAAAGUGAAGCGGAACUAAGAAAAAUUAAAAAAGUAUAUAAUUUACCCGAAGAAGAAAUAUGUGUUAAACCAGCAAAAGAAACUCAUAUUAUUUAUAAUCCAAACAAGGAAUAUUAUUUAGUAGGAGAAAAAAUUGAAGUUACAUGCCAAAAGGGAUAUAAGAUAUCUGGUAAAACAAAUAAUACUUUAUGUAUUGGUAGAAACAAAAUUAUGCCAAAUAUAUUUUGUGAAUUAGAAAAUGAUAAUGAAUCUAGUCACGAAAAUAUUUAUAAACUUAAAAAUGACCCUAAUGCAGGUAUAAAUUAUUCGUUGUCUAUCUUUGUUGGUAUUAUAAUCUUUGUUUUUACCGUUUUUUAUUCGAUAUAG